AUGGAUGAAUUUCAGACUUUCUUUCAUAGCUUAGGUGAAAAACAAUCGACUCCUAUUUCUGAAGAUUACCGAAAACAAUUCAAGAUUAGAGGGGAGUUCAUCUACCCGCAUAAUAAGAAGUUUGAUCAAAUUUGUAAAAGGUUUUCUAGAGUUUUUAAAACUAGCUUUUUGGAAGAUGAAAAAUUAAGGAGCAAAAGAAAAUGGGAUAAUUCCUUUAAACUAUUUUUGAUAUGGUUUCUAGUUAAAUAUUUCGAGAAGUAAAAUCAAAUAACAAUACGACCGGUAGAAGUUUAACUCAUUAUAUGUUAGGGGGAGAGUGAUUGGAUUAAUUUUGAAAACAUUCUGAAAAUAGAUAAGCAUGCUCUACAGUAAAGGUGGAUUACAUUGAUUAAUCCUCAGAUGAAAUCUAUCAAUUGGUUGUAGGAGGAAGACGAUUUCAUAAGGAAUCAAAUGAAGUAAGUUAGGAUCACUUAGUGUAUAAUAGUUAAAAGAAUAAGCACAUAUGGACACAGAUUGCGGUGUCUCUUUAUGAGAGGAAUUUGCAAGGGAAUAUUCGAACUCCAAAACAAAUUAGAGAGCGAUGGAUGAAUUAUUUGAAUCCUGAAUUAAAUAAGUAAUUAGUUAUCUCUAUUUAUAGGGAACAAUGGUUGCUCAAAGAAGAUUUGAUUAUAUUAAAUAACGUUGUGAAAAAUGGAAAAAAGUGGUCUCAAAUUUCAUAGUAAUUGAAUGGAAGAACUGAGAAUCAGGUGAAAAAUAGGUAAUUGAAUUACACAAUUACAUAAGAUACAAGUCAUUAAUACAUAAAAUCUGCAAGGAUGAUGAAUGCGAUGAAAUAGAGAUGAUCAAAUAGUACAUAAGGAAAAAGUAUGUAAUAAAUUAUUAGGUAGUUCUGUACAUAUGGAUUCUAAUAAGCAAGGUAUCAUUGGUAAAAGGGGAAGACACAAAAAGGGAAUGAGAAAUAAGGAACAAAAAGCAGAAGCUAAGAAGCAAAAAAAUAUUCCUAAAAUAAUAAAAUAAGAAGAACAACAAUCCCAAUAGCCUUUCUUAUAAUAACAAUAAUAGGCACCCUAAUAAUAGAUAUUUACAUAAUCCUAACAAUUGUAAAUGUAAUAAUAGAUGCAACAAACAUAAUAAUUGCAAUAGCUGUAGCAGUUAUAAUAGUAGAUGAAUUUUAAUUAGGAAGAAAUGAAGUUGGCAUUAAAUUUGUAAUCCACUUUUAAUUAAGAGGAUAUGAAAAACGCCACUCCAUUGAUGAUGUUAUAAUGUUUAACUUCCCCAGGAUAUUAGUACUUUGAAAAUCAAUGCUUGAGAUAAUUGUCUCCUGGAAUGAUUGAAGAAGUAGAAUGCCAUUAAAAUUCGUCAUUAUAAUUACCCAAAAUGGCUAAUAUUUACAAGGUGAAUUCUACAUCCCCGUUUUUGCUUGGGUCAAUGAUGCAGUCUCCAUUUUGGAACAACGAUCAAUUUAUUCAAUAGAACGAAGAUCAAGUGGGAGCUACAUCAAAUCAAACUUUCACCUAAUAAAUUUCCACAACUCCUUAUUUAAAUCUGAAUUACUUCAGACCUCAAUAGAUGAAUGGGUUCUCUAAAUAGAAGGAAUUAGAUUUGUUGCAGGAGAAUCCAAUAUAGCAAUUCAAUAAAAGAAGAAAUAUUAAUUAAUAGUGA